AUGGCGUCCCCGGCCACGGUUCCGUUUACUUCCGUCGACACCACCACGCGACAGCUGACCAAGGACGAGGUUGAGUCGCCGAGCAUCUCCAGCGCAAAUGCGCUUGCCCGCUACGAGUACGAGGCGGGCCAUGCAAAUGCCACCACAGGCACCAAGAUUCUGAUGGUCGAGUGGGAGGACGAUGACACAACGCGGGGAGUGCGGGGAGACUGGCACAUAUCAUGGGACGGCAGCACACGGGUCCUGCCCGCCAACGACCAGUCGGCCAACGACGUGCAUCGCAUGUACUUUCUGCUACCCCCGGGCGUCGCGGUACCCACCAGCGUUACACUCACGCUACGACCGCAAGACGGUACCAGGGCUCCUGUUGUCUGGCAUACAAAUCCUCUUCCAGCAUUGUUCCCGCCAGAGCUAGGGGCGUCGGCGCGGGCAGCGGGCAAGAAGGGUGUCCUGCACACCAUUUGGGCGAAGAAAAGGCUGCAGGUGCUACAGAAGGAGAUUGAGGCGGAGUCACGUACCAACGUCGAGGGUGUCGGUCUGCUCAUGGCCGUGCAAGAGAAGGAAUGGAUUGAGUCGACAUUCGGAGUCAAUGCCAAACCCGCAGGCCUAAGUAUCUCACUUGGUGAGCCCGUGCUGGCACCGAUGAAGGCACCCUCUAGCCCACGGUCUCCUGGUGGGGGCCGCCUCAUGGACAAGCUGGCAGGACUGCGACUAGGCACAAGUGAAAAGGACCUCUCACCCAGCAACAGCACGCCGGGCUUCUCCAACCCUCUAUCGCCCGAAUCUUCAGACAUUGCUAUUAGUUCUUUUGCGGUCUUCAAGGGCGCAAAUCCAGCUAGCCUUGCGGCAAAGCCUCCGCAACCACCUCAGCAGAGUGCUGGCAUGGGCUCAUUAAACGCCUUGUCUGGCCCAGCGCCCGUUUUCCAAUCUCGGGGCCCAUUGGGGUCUGCAGACGACGAUGACAAGGACGAUGGACUCUUUGCGUUGCCUAUCAGUCCGAGGAGCCCGGAAGUGGGCAAGAGUCCAUUCUCAUUUUCAGCCAGUGAUACGGCACCUUUUUUGAAAGAAGAAAGUACUGCGUGA